AUGAGGUAUUCAUUGUUGCCUGUAACCUUGGUCGUUCCAAUCUUCAGGAGUUCAUAUGUUGGCAACAUCUCCCUUUUCCGUGAAAUGGAAGAGAAGCUUCAGCAGGGUGACAAUGUCAUUUUGUUCUCCAAUCAUCAAACUGAAGCAGAUCCAGCUGUUAUUGCAUUGCUGCUUGAAGCAAAAAAUCCACACAUUGCUGAGAACAUGAUCUAUGUGGCUGGAGAUAGAAUUAUAACAGAUCCUCUUUGCAAGCCUUUCAGCAUGGGACGGUGCUCAUAA